AUGAACGGAAACGAAAGUGGUGUCUGGGCCUGGGCUGGACGGUUCCUCAAAGGGGAAGCCCAGCCCAGCCCAGCCCAGCCUAGCCCAACAGCAGUAGUAGCCCACUGGACUGGACUGGACUGCUUUGCUUGUCCAACUAGUUGCGGUGUCUUCCUCGUCUCGUCUCCUCCUCCCUUCUCUCUCCCCGCCGCCGCCGCCCCGCCGCGGGAGAAGAGAGAGAGAGAGAGGAUGGCCGACGCCCUCGACAUGUCCCUCGACGACCUCAUCUCCAAAAACAAGAACAAGCGGCACAACCAACGCCCCCGCGGAGCUGGAGGCCCUGCACCCACAGCCCCCCGCCGCCGCGUCAACACCCGCGCUGCUGCCGCCCCUUACCACCUCCACCACCGCACCACCUCCUCUUUCCAGGCACAUGCGCGGCCCAUGGCGUAUGGAUACGGGGCCCAGCCCCCGAUGGCCGCCCUCGACACUCCCACCAAGCUCUACAUCUCCAACCUCGACUACGCCGUCUCCAACGACGACAUCAAGGAACUCUUUUCUGAUGUUGGUGAUAUCAAGCGUUUCUCCAUUAACUAUGACAGGAGUGGAAGAUCAAAGGGAACUGCGGAGGUUUUGUUCUCAAGAAGAUCGGAUGCUCUAGCUGCUGUUAAGAGGUACAACAAUGUGCAGCUUGAUGGCAAACCUAUGAAAAUCGAGAUCAUUGGAACAAAUGUUGAGGCGCCACCAACCGCCACCUUCGCCUUCAAUCCACCAGCUGCAAACUUCAAUUUGCCUUUCAAAGGUGGACCUAGUAGGGGUGGUGCUGGAGGAUGGCCUCGGGGUAGAGGUGGAUUCGGUGGGCGUGGGCGUGGGCGAGACCAUGGGGGCCGUGGACGAGGGAGGGGAGGGCGUGGCGAUCAGCAAGUUUCUGCUGAGGAUCUGGAUGCUGACUUGGACAAGUACCACACUGAAGCAAUGCAAAUCAGCUAAACUAUUCUGGCACUGGGUUGCCAGCAUUCAACACAGCCUGCAGGUCUUCUUUUGUCUCCUUUUGUAGGAAUAGAUGCAGACAUGUGUAAUGGUGAGCGGGUUGUAUUUUGGGCUGGAAGAAGCAGCGUUUGCAUUGAGCGUGUUGGGUGAUGAGAUGGAGAGGUAUUUGUGGCAUGAGGUGUUGUGGUGGGAGGAGGCUGAGUGUCUUGUUCAUCAGCUUCUUAAGGUCGCUGCAUGCAAAGUUGAACUGCGUGAUAAUUUGUCUCAAGUUUGGAA